AUGAUGGAUGAAGAGAGCAUGGAUGAAGAGGGCAUGGAUGAAGAGCGCAUGGAUGAAGAGAGUAUGGAUGAAGAGGGCAUGGAUGAAGAGCGCAUGGAUGAAGAGAGCAUGGAUGAAGAGAGCAUGGAUGAAGAGAGCAUGGAUGAAGAGAGCAUGGAUGAAGAGAGCAUGGAUGAAGAGAGCAUGGAUGAAGAGAGCAUGGAUGAAGAGAGCAUGGAUGAAGAGAGCAUGGAUGAAGAGAGCAUGGAUGAAGAGAGCAUGGAUGAAGAGAGCAUGGAUGAAGAGAGCAUGGAUGAAGAGAGCAUGGAUGAAGAGAGCAUGGAUGAAGAGAGCAUGGAUGAAGAGAGCAUGGAUGAAGAGAGCAUGGAUGAAGAGAGCAUGGAUGAAGAGAGCAUGGAUGAAGAGAGCAUGGAUGAAGAGAGCAUGGAUGAAGAGAGCAUGGAUGAAGAGAGCAUGGAUGAAGAGAGCAUGGAUGAAGAGAGCAUGGAUGAAGAGAGCAUGGAUGAAGAGAGCAUGGAUGAAGAGAGCAUGGAUGAAGAGAGCAUGGAUGAAGAGAGCAUGGAUGAAGAGAGCAUGGAUGAAGAGCGCAUGGAUGAAGAGAGCAUGGAUGAAGAGAGCAUGGAUGAAGAGAGCAUGGAUGAAGAGAGCAUGGAUGAAGAGAGCAUGGAUGAAGAGAGCAUGGAUGAAGAGCGCAUGGAUGAAGAGCGCAUGGAUGAAGAGAGCAUGGAUGAAGAGAGCAUGGAUGAAGAGAGCAUGGAUGAAGAGCGCAUGGAUGAAGAGCGCAUGGAUGAAGAGCGCAUGGAUGAAGAGCGCAUGGAUGAAGAGAGCAUGGAUGAAGAGAGCAUGGAUGAAGAGAGCAUGGAUGAAGAGAGCAUGGAUGAAGAGAGCAUGGAUGAAGAGAGCAUGGAUGAAGAGCGCAUGGAUGAAGAGCGCAUGGAUGAAGAGAGCAUGGAUGAAGAGAGCAUGGAUGAAGAGAGCAUGGAUGAAGAGAGCAUGGAUGAAGAGCGCAUGGAUGAAGAGCGCAUGGAUGAAGAGCGCAUGGAUGAAGAGCGCAUGGAUGAAGAGAGCAUGGAUGAAGAGAGCAUGGAUGAAGAGAGCAUGGAUGAAGAGAGCAUGGAUGAAGAGCGCAUGGAUGAAGAGAGCAUGGAUGAAGAGAGCAUGGAUGAAGAGCGCAUGGAUGAAGAGCGCAUGGAUGAAGAGCGCAUGGAUGAAGAGAGCAUGGAUGAAGAGAGCAUGGAUGAAGAGAGCAUGGAUGAAGAGAGCAUGGAUGAAGAGCGCAUGGAUGAAGAGCGCAUGGAUGAAGAGCGCAUGGAUGAAGAGCGCAUGGAUGAAGAGCGCAUGGAUGAAGAGAGCAUGGAUGAAGAGAGCAUGGAUGAAGAGAGCAUGGAUGAAGAGAGCAUGGAUGAAGAGAGCAUGGAUGAAGAGAGCAUGGAUGAAGAGCGCAUGGAUGAAGAGCGCAUGGAUGAAGAGAGCAUGGAUGAAGAGAGCAUGGAUGAAGAGAGCAUGGAUGAAGAGAGCAUGGAUGAAGAGCGCAUGGAUGAAGAGCGCAUGGAUGAAGAGCGCAUGGAUGAAGAGCGCAUGGAUGAAGAGAGCAUGGAUGAAGAGAGCAUGGAUGAAGAGAGCAUGGAUGAAGAGAGCAUGGAUGAAGAGAGCAUGGAUGAAGAGAGCAUGGAUGAAGAGCGCAUGGAUGAAGAGCGCAUGGAUGAAGAGCGCAUGGAUGAAGAGCGCAUGGAUGGCUCACUCAACACACACCUUCCAUGCCGUCUUCUGGUCGCCUCUACUCUGCUUGAUUUGCAGCGCAACAUUCACAUGUUCCGCAACUCAUUCACCUCCUCCUUGUGUGCAGCCAGCUCCUCUCUCACUGCUGCCAGCACCGCCUCUUUGAUUGAGCCAUUCACUGCAGCCGUCACUCCCUCGGCAGCCAUAGCAUCCACUCACUCCCCUCAAACAACCCACUUCUAA